AUGGCUUCAUUAUUUCGACGACAGGACCCUGACCCUGAGCUGUGUAUGAAGUAUGCUCACUUUGCUUCUCAUAUGGUGCGAUGGCAGUUCAAGAUUAUCUACUGGACCAUGUUUGUGUCCAACUUGUUGGUCUUGUUUGUUGCUUCAUGGACAUAUAUCCGCGGCCAAGCAGCUAUGGAGAAGCUAGCUCAUAACCCCAAAGCACGAACGAAGCGAAUACGGCAGUCGCUUGCCAUGUGUCUCGGAUGUGUUUCUGUCUCAACAGUCAUUGUCGUCAUGGAAGCGUACUCCAUUCUAGCGCUUCAGUUUUGUGACGGUGAAGACCUCAUCUCACUCUACUGGUCUACCUGGACCAUGAUUCAAGUUGGUUCAUUGAUUGCCAUGAUUGGUAUCAUUCUUGCCAUGGCACAUACCCUUCGCGGACGACAGCAUCCACCAUGGGCACUUGCAUUAGGUACACCCGUUCUUGUGAUUGCUGGAUUCCUUCAUCUAUUCCACGACUGCACAAAGAAGCGAAUUCGAAGCCGUCGCCAGAAGAAGGACUUUGAAUUUGGGCCUCCAAUGAGUCAAGCUAACACAAUUGCGGCCAACCCCGAUGAAGAGGAAGACAUUGAAUACGAAGCACAAGUAAUCGGGCUUACAUUUGACGGUGGUCCCAUCAUUCGAUACACAGAUGCUGUACCCGAGACCUUACCUGAGCACGCUGAACUCUUGGGAUACUGUGCACAGAAGAAGCCUAUCGUCAUGUGCAAACGCGAGACGGUUCAAUUUCUGAUGGACUCUCCCGCGCAAGUACCACCAUCAGCGUCACCGGCUUUCCGCAAGGGUAACUGAGACAAUCUGUUUCGCACCUUGUCAAGCUGAUGAGGCAUCCAACGGCCGACAGGGGGACGAGAUAAGAAUCUUGAGCGUCAAAGCACGCCAAGACAAGGGAGAUGCGCUUUGACGUUAUGCGUUGUUGUGGCCUGAACUAGCAGGCAUUAUUUGGGAUUAUUAUAUGUUUGAGUUGCUUGGGUUUGCAUGGGAGUUUCGAUAUAGAUACGGGAUAAUGGCGGUGGACAUUUAACGGAAAAGGAGGAAUGGGAUGGGCAUGGUUUGGUGUCAUGGUCGGAAAAGUGGCUUAUGAUACUGAAGAUAAGAUACCCUAGCGAUAAGAUA